GGCACCGCAUCGGUCACGUGUGUUUUGAAAAGUUCGUCUCAUGGAUUUUUUUGGCGUUUAAUUCAAAAGUAAAACGGCUCCAGAUCGCGUUUUUUUCUCGUUUAUUUCCGGUCGUUUGCUUUGGUGUUCGCUGCCGUCCGUCCGUGUUGAGUUGUAACGUUUUUCGGGGUGUUUUGGUGCGUUUUCGGCGUGUUUCGGUGCGUUUUUUGCGGUUUUCGACAUGGUUUUCUUCACGUGCGGCGCGUGCGGAGAAUCUCUGAAAAAAGCGCAGGUGGAAAAACACGUGACCCUGUGUCGAGGCUGCGAGGUCCUGUCCUGCAUCGACUGCGGCAAAGACUUUUGGGGGGACGAUUACAAGGACCACGUGAGGUGCAUCAGUGAAGAUCAGAAAUACGGAGGGAAAGGAUACGAGGCCAAAGCAAAUAAAGGAGACGUCAAACAGCAGCAGUGGCUCCAGAAAGUCCAAGUCGCUCUGAACAAACCCGGGAUCUGCGCGAGGUUGAAGAGCGUCCUCCAGCAGGUGGCGACGUACGACAACGUCCCGAGGAAACAGGCGAAGUUCCAGAACUGGAUGAAGAACAGUUUGAAAAUCUCCAACCCGAGUUUACACGAACAAGUCUGGAACAUUCUGUCGGCCGAACCUGAACCCGAGAAACCCGCAGAGGCCGAACCCGUCGACAAAAUCCCAGAGAAGAAAAAACUGAACAAACAGGAACGAAAAGAAGCACGAAGGAAACAGAACGGAGCGAAGGCCUCCAAGAAGACCAGGACCAAGACCAAGACCAGGACCAGGACCAGGAACCAGGACCAGGACCAGGACCAGGAGCUGAGGAAGAAGGAGAGGAAGAGGAAGCACAGACACGACGAACUGAACGGAGCCGAAAUCAAGAAGACGAAGAUUGAAGAUUCAACAGCAGAAAACGACCAAGAACCAGACGACGAGGCCGAGAAAGAGACUCAGAGUAAAGAGAAGUUCAACUGGAAAGGAAACAUCAAGGCUCUUCUGAGAGAGUCCGAGGACCAAGAGCUGCCGCUGAAGAAGCUACGGAAGAGGGUGGUGGCGGCGUACUACUCGUUCACCGGAGACUCCAAUUAUAAAUCCAAGGAGGAGGUUCUGGCUGUUUUCAACCAAAAACUCCACAAAAACCCCAAGUUUAGAAUUUUGAAAGACCGAGUCAAACUUGUAAAAUAACCCUGUGUCCUUGAGCCUCGUCUGUUUGUUUACAUGAAAAUGAACCUCUGACCUGAUUUUUUUUGUUUUUUAAAAUUUCCAUUUGAUUGAUCUCGAUUUCGGAGUCGAUCGUCUUUCAUUUUAUUGAAAACGCAGAAAGAGCAGGUGUCAGGAUCACUACAGUUUUUAAUUUCGUGUUGACAAAUCCACAUUUAAACCUGGAACAUGUUUGUAGAAACUCGUCACAAUAAACCAGAGAAAGAACCAACUUCCAAAAACAUGAACAGUGUAAAUAAUCCGACAGGUGGAAACUGCAUCACAACGAGCUCAAUAAUGUUUACUUACUUUAUUUUAUUUUUCACAACACGACAAUAAUUAACUCAAACUGUUCUACAAAAAAACAACUCUGCUUCCUGUAAUUUUCCACUUAAUUUCACAAAUAGCUUUUUGAUUUGUGUGAAAACGUAAUUUAUAUUUAAAAUUGAUAAUAUCCCACUAAAUUAAAUCAAAAUGACAGAA